AUGAGUUCUUCAACGUCGACUUCAGCAAAGAAAGAGGGGCAUUUGUCACCACCAACAUCACAACAACGUCAUCGUUCAUCCUCAUCAGUAGGUAGAAUAGCAGUUGGAGAUACUUCACCUUCAUUGUCAACCAUGGAAACUACAAAGGCUUCAAGAAGAAAGUCUAGUGCUAGAAGAGCCGAAUUGACUCGUGAAACCAAGUCGGAUUGGGCUAUUGCGAAGCAUCUCUUGAUUGGGUUUAGAGAGUUGUGUUAUAGACAAACUUGGAUUGUGCCUUUCUUGGUUUUGUUAGCUGCAUUUGGAACUUUUUUUCUUUCUAGUCCAAGUGGAGAAAUUCACAAGUUUUUAGAAGAUAUGAUUGUACCAUCAUAUCAUAUUCCAGGAACUGAUCAAUAUGGAAAGGGAGCUAAUGAUUUCAAAUUUGUUGGAUUUUAUGCCAUUUUCUUCACGUUCUUGAGAGAAUUUAUGAUGUGUUGUGUUUUGAGACCAAUUAGUAUCUAUCUUGGUGUGACUAAAGAGGCUAAGCAAAGAAGAUUUUUGGAACAAACUUAUGCCAUGUUCUAUUAUGGAAUCAGUGGUCCAAUGGGUUUAUGGAUCAUGUCGAGAACUCCAUUAUGGUUCUUUGAAACUACUCCAAUGUAUCUUGAAUACCCACACAAGACACAUGAGAUUUACUUUAAGGUAUUUUACUUAGGUCAAGCAGCAUUCUGGGUCCAACAAUCAGUUAUUCUUGUAUUACAAUUGGAGAAACCAAGAAAAGACUUCUUUGAGUUGGUGUUGCACCAUAUUAUCACCAUUGCAUUAAUUUGGUGUUCCUAUAGAUUCCAUUUCACUUGGAUUGGUAUUGAAGUUUUUAUUACUAUGGAUGUAUCUGAUUUCUGGUUGGCUUUGUCUAAAACGCUAAACUAUUUAGAUUCAAAGUUGACUGGACCGUUCUUUGUAUGGUUUAUUGCGGUAUGGAUUUACUUGAGACAUUACAUCAACUUGAGAAUCUUGUGGUCAGUUUUAACUGAAUUUAGAACCGUCGGUGAAUGGGAAUUAAAUUGGGAAACGCAACAAUAUAAAUGUUAUAUUUCACAACCAAUCACAUUCUUUUUGAUUUUUGCUUUACAAUUGGUCAACAUUUACUGGUUAUUCUUGAUUUUGAGAAUCUUGUCAAGAUACAUCUUCUCUGGUGAACAAAAGGAUGAAAGAAGUGAAGAUGAAGAAGAAGAAGAAGAUAUCAGUAACAGCGAAGAAGAAAAGAAGGAACAAUAG